AUGCGUGGACAUACAGCGCUAGGUGCGCUGCUAGUGUAUGCAGCGCUAGCGCUAGCCCUUCUUGCAGUGCCCAGCACAGCUAUUGGUGUUGUUAGUAUUGACUACGGUACAGAAUGGAUCAAGGCCGCACUGAUCAAGCCCGGCAAACCGUUUGAUCUCGUGUUGAGUCGCGACUCCAAGCGCAAGGUGCAGGCCAGCGUCGCGUUCAAAGGCGCCGUGCCGGACGACGGUGCACUGGAAAAGCAAGAGCGUAUUAUGGGUGCUGACGCGUACGCGUACGCCAGUCGGAGCCCUUACCAGAGCUUUCACGCCGCGAAGUUGCUGCUUGGCCAAUCGUGCCGCCCUGAUGAACCGGAGGCGGUGGCGCAAUACCGUGCCGUGUUUGGCAACCUCGUUGCACGGCUCCCAGACGAUCUGAAGACGGGAUCGACAUGUGUUGUAGCGCCAUCGCUCAACACGACGUCGUACUGGCGUGCCGAGGAGAUUGUCGGUAUGCAGUUGGACCACAUUCGUGAGUUGGCCGAGGAGACCGCAGGCGAGCUGCUGAGUAUAGGUUACCAGUCUGGCUCUUCAUUCUUCAGCUCCCAGCGUGGUCUGGAUACGGUGAUCACCGUGCCCAUUUUCUACACGCCUCAUGAGCGUCAGGCUUUGCUGGACGCUGCCGUGCUUGCUGGCUUCCGCCCGCGCUUGAUCAGUGAUGCCGCUGCGGCAGCUACCAACUACGCACAGAGCCGUACGUUCCCUAAGCCGGAACGCCACAUUUUCUAUGAUGCUGGCUCUGGGUCUGUGCGUGCGUCGUUGGUCGAGUUCUCGACGCCGGAAAACAGUACGAAGCCAGGCUCUGUGGUCGUCCAAGUCCUUGACGCUGCUUGGGACCGCACAGCUGGUGGUCUCUCGAUGGAUAUGCUUUUGCGUGAUAUGCUGGCCGAUGCAUUUGACGCGGCCUACCCUGAGCGUGCUUCGGUCAAGAAGGAUGCACGUGCCAUGGCGCGUCUGUUGCGUGAAGCGAACCGUGCGAAGCAUGUACUCUCUGCGAAUGCUGCUGCGACGGUCUACGUCGAGAGCUUGGCGGACGACUUGGAUUUGCGUACGACGAUUGACCGUGAGACGUUUGAAACGAAGAUGCACAAAGUGAAGCUCCUGGAGCGAUUCAUUUCGCCCCUCUCGCAGCUGCUGAAGCGCAACAAGAUCACGAUCGACGACGUGCAGUCGGUGGUGUUGGUCGGUGGUGCGACGCGUGUGCCGUCUGUGCAGGCGCAGCUCAAAGCGCUGGGCAUCCCCGACGAGAAGCUCGCACAAAACGUGAACGCGGAUGAGGCUGCGGUGAUGGGUGCUGCGUUGGCUGUUGCGAGCACACAGCCGCAACUGCGUAUGAAGCAUGUGGAUGUGCACGACGGCAAUAUGUACCCUGUGGAUCUGAGUGUAUCGGGCCACGAAAGCACCAUCUUCCCCUCGGGCCCUGUGUUUGCGGAAGCGUACGAACUCACGCUGAAUGGCCAGCAGACGGACUUUGACAUCUUGCUGUCGUCGCCGAAGGAUCGCUUGGAGCGUGGCGAUGCUGGUGAGCUGCAGCGCAUUCGUGUGGACGGCGUGGCAGACGCUCUCGCAGACUUGCAGGCGAAGAAUGAGAUGAGUCAUGUCGACGUCAAGGUCAACUUGACGGUGCGCAAUGCGCCGUUUGGCACGUACCAUGUGCCAUCGGCGGCGCUCACUGUGACGCCUCACAAGAGUAUUACCGGUACAAUCAAGUCGCUCUUCCACUUCUCCAGCAGCGACAAUGCGACGAACACCACGACCGAGGCGGAUGCCCUGGCGCCGCAAUCGACUGUGCUCUCUGUGAACACCACGUACCUUGGCCCUGUGCGUCCGCUGACGGGCCUCGAGAAAAUCAAGUCGUUGGAGCGUUUGCGUUUGAUUGUCUAUGAGGCAAAGCAGCGUGCGGAACGCGAUGCGGCGAUGAACUCGCUCGAGUCGGUCAUUUACCGCGCGCGUGAUCAGGUGGAGACCGAUGCCUUUGCCGAGGCGGCAGCGAAGCACGAGCUUGACGCCAUUCGCGCCAAAACGGACGAGCUGCACUCGUGGCUGAACGACCAGAGCGAUGGCGCGAAUGCCGAGGCCAUCACGAAGCGGGAGCGCGAGCUGACGAAGCAAACGGACGCAGUCCUUAAGCGCCAGGCACAGGCCGAACGACGCCCAACGGCGAUUGCCGAUCUCAGCGCCACGCUCUCGUCGGCCCAGACGUUCCUUCGUGAGGCACGUGCGAACUUGACGCAGGCCAUGGCCGAGAACAUGGGCAGUAAGUACACAGCCAGCGACUUGGACUCGCUGGAGUCGACUGUGAAAAAGGAUCUUUCGUGGCUCGAGGACGGCCGCAAGGCGCAGCAGAAACGCAAGGCACACGAGGACCCUGUGUUGCUCGUCGAAGACAUGGACCGACGUGGCAAGAAGAUCCGUGAUACAAUGACCAAGUUGCAAAAGCGUCGUAUCCCCAAGACGCGGCCCAAGAUGACGCAUACCUCCUCGUCAAGUGCAAGCAGCAGCAGCAGCAGCAGCGCUUCUGCCACGAUGACCCCCUCCACGUCUUCCUCCACGCCGGCUGAGGCGACCUCCACACCGGACGUCCCCGUGCACGACGACUUGUAG